ACAGAGAGACAGAGAGAGGCCCAAAGGGAGGUCCGGAGGCAGGGAGACAGGGAGACAGAGAAACUGAGUCACAGGCAGAGACACAGAGAUGGAGACAGAGGGAUGGUGACAGGGAGAAAGCAUGAAAUAGAGAAACAGGGGGACACAAAGAUGGAGACAGAGACAGAGAUGCUAAGAGAGGCACAGAGACACAAAGAGGCUGAGAGACACAGAACCAGAGAGAGAGAAAUGGCAACAGACACAUGGAUGGAGAGAGUCUGAGAUACUGAGAGACAGACCUGGAAGAGACAGAGGUCAAGAAACAGGGGAGAGGACAGGAGAGACAGGGAAAGGCAGAAACAGAGCCUUCCAGAGCAGGAGAGACUGAGGGAGGAGCCCGAGGUAAGGCCCGAGAACCCGAGGGAGGAGGAGAGGUGCAGAGAGACCCAUGCCUGGCCACAGGGGUGGCAGGUAGCAGGGGGGGGUCCCCCGGCUGCAGCUUCAAGAGUGCCCGGCGGCAGCAUUUGCUCCCCACGGGCACGUGCAUGGUGUCUGGGUGUGCGCGGGUGUGUCUCCAUCACUCUCCCCACUCUCCCGCCACGUCUUACCCAGAGUGGGAAUCACACAUGUGCCAUGGAGCAGGGGGAGCAUCAGCACAAGUGGUGUUUUUGUCACUGGGCGUGUCUGUGUGUGCAGUUUGGUGUCUCCAGGUGUGUCUGCGUGGGUUGUGUUGGUGCGCUGACAGUCAUGUCUGUGCGUGAGUGUCUCGUUUCCCUGUGGCUGGCGGGUCCAUGUUCCUGCAUGACGGAUGACACGCAAGGGAGAAGGGUUGUGUCUGUGAGUUCCCUCUAGAGUGGGACCCACGGGGCCACCGGCUGUGUCUCGGAGGUCAAUGUGUGCGAGGUGUUUUGUGUUACCAGGCCGGUGUCUCCCCAGGGUUUGGAUCUGUUUCCCGACGUACGGGACACUGUAUGUGCUGCUGCAUGCAGUGACAUUCCACGUUGCAUGUCACUCUGGGAGUCGCGGUGCAUCACCCUGCAUUGCAUUUGCUGUUCUGUAUGUUACUGCGUCGUGUCUCUGUAUGUGCAUUGUGCGUGCAAAGGCGAGCUGUCAUUCAGAGAUGUGACCCUGUCUGUGUGUGACACCCAGGGGUGUGUCCACUUGAGGGGGGGCUCUCCUUUCCCUGCCGAGAACACAGCCUGGGUGCCCACAGUCAAGAGCAUGCUGUGUUUGUGUGGCUGUGUAUUACACCGCACUGGAGGGUGUCCCCUGGGGUUGUGUGUGGUGUUGUUGCAGGCCUAGGUGUUGGCUGUGUCAGUGGGUCACACCUGAUGUUUUAUGUAAUCCGUGGUGUUCAGAAAAGGUUGUGUUGGGAAAAACUGUGGCAGUGUGUUUUCUGUCAUUCUGUGUUUGUGCAUUACUCUGCAUAUGUUGUGUUUGUGUGUUGGAGUAGAUGGUGUGCCGGGCCGUGGGUGGGUGUGGUUCGGAUGUGAUUUGUCAGUCAGAGAUGUUAUAUUUGGGCAUCAGGGUCCACGUAGCUUGAGCCCCUCCUCAACCCCUGGGGUACCAUUCUGGGUCGUGUCCCUGGGAUGCACCAAAAUAUAUCAGAAUGUCUUACUUUGUGCUGUUUGGGUUUCUGUAUGUGUCGCUGUGCAUUGUGGGUCUCUACACGUGUCCGUUCACACUGUUCCGACCAUAUGUUUGAAUGGCUCUGGGUGCUGGGGCGUGUUGUAUGUCAUGGUGAGUCUAUAUGUGCUGCGAAUCGUUCUCCGAGCAUAUAUACUUGACUUGCCAUGUGCCACAAUGUGUCUCCGCGUGCAUUUCUCUAUGUGCUGGGUGUUUGAGGGCUGCCAUGGUAUGUCCCCAAACGUUGUGUGUCUGCACAUGUCGGCUACCAUUCCACGGGUGUAUCACGUUUGGGACGCUGUUAGCGCCUGGUCCACACAGGUAUGUUGAGUGUGGCAUGUGGACGUCACUAAGUAGAAUGUUGUGUGUCCGCGGAACCAUUGGGAUGUGUUGUGCUAACGUAGCAAUAGAGUCUGGGGGUGGCUGUUUGUGCAAGAGGACGUUGUACCAGUUACAAUUGCAGUUUUUGCACCUGUGUGUGGACAGUUUGGGUGGUCAUGGGCGCCACGGGGCACUGCCUGCCCUGCUGAGUGCCGGCGUGUGUCACAUUGUCUGUGUGGUGUCUGGGUGUGGCUGUGGGUUGCAGAGCUCAUCGGGAGUUGUGAGUCACUCACUGUAGGUUGUGUUGUGUGCCCCAUGUGUGUUCGGUUCCGUCUCCGGCCGUGCUGUGUGUGAGGGUUUAACCCCCCCGGUGUCUUGUGGUGUCUGGGUGUGGCUGAGUUUAGGUGUGUGUUACAAAGCUCAGACCGUUGUGUGUGACGCAAUCUAUUGUGAGCCAGUAUGUGUCUUUAUCCACGUGGAUGCACGCCUCUUCCUUGCUCUGCCCCAAGACACACCCCAGUCCCUCCUUAGGCUGAGAAGGGAGGUUGGGGAGCCUCCCCUCUGCCCAAGGGCCACGCCAGCUCCUCCCUGCCCUGCCCAGCUGUCACCACCCCCAGAGGGCACAGACUCCUCUGUGCCUCAAAGCAAGAGCCCCAGAGCGAGGAGCAGAGCAGGCCUAGGACCUGCAAGCCACAGUGGCUGCCCUUUGUGUGCUGCGAGGUGGGGGACCCUGGGCAGGAAGCUGGCUGAGCCCCAAGACCGCAGGGGCCAUGGGCGGGGAGCUGGUGCCAGGCCUGGGGGCCCUACAGAGGCGCAAGCGGCUGCUGGAGCAGGAGAAGUGGCUGGCUGGCUGGGCCCUAGCGCUGGCGGGAAUUGGCAUCGGACUCAUGGUACUACAUGCGGAGAUGCUCUGGUUCGGAGGGUGCCCGUGGGCGCUCUACCUGUUCCUGGUUAAAUGCAUGAUCAGCAUUUCCACCUUCUUGCUCCUUUGUCUUAUCGUGGCAUUUCACGCCAAAGAGGUCCAGUUGUUCAUGACCGACAACGGGCUCCGGGACUGGCGCGUGGCGCUGACUGGGCGGCAGGCGGCGCAGAUCGUGCUGGAGCUGGCCGUGUGCGGGCUGCACCCAGCGCCGGUGCGUGGUCCGCUGUGCGCCCAGGGUUUGGGGUCCCGGCCCAUGGCGACGCAGUCCUGGCCGGGCUUCCUGGAUGAGGGCGAGGCGCUGCUGUCGUUGGCCAUGCUGCUGCGCCUCUACCUGGUGCCCCGCGCCGUCCUCCUGCGCAGCGGCGUCUUGCUCAACGCGUCCUACCGCAGCAUCGGCGCCCUCAACCAGGUCCGCUUCCGCCACUGGUUCGUGGCCAAGCUGUACAUGAACACGCACCCCGGCCGCCUGCUGCUCUGCCUCACGCUUGGCCUCUGGCUCACCACCGCCUGGGUGCUGUCGGUGGCCGAGAGGCAGGCCGUUAAUGCCACCGGACACCUUUCAGACACACUGUGGCUGAUCCCUAUCACAUUCCUGACGAUUGGCUAUGGGGAUGUGGUGCCAGGCACCAUAUGGGGCAAGAUUGUUUGUCUCUGCACUGGAGUCAUGGGGGUCUGCUGCACAGCCCUGCUGGUGGCCGUGGUGGCCCGGAAGCUGGAGUUUAAUAAGGCAGAGAAGCACGUGCACAACUUCAUGAUGGACAUCCAGUACACCAAAGAGAUGAAGGAAUCAGCUGCCCGAGUGCUGCAAGAGGCCUGGAUGUUUUACAAACACACACGCAGGAAGGAGCGUGGGGCCGCCCGCAAGCACCAGCGCAGGCUGCUGGCCGCCAUCAACAGGUUCCGCCAGGUGCGGCUGAAACACAGAAAGCUCCGGGAACAAGUGAACUCCAUGGUGGACAUCUCCAAGAUGCACAUGAUCCUGUGUGACUUGCAGCUGGGUCUGAGCAGCUCACAUCAGGCCCUGGAGAAGCGGAUGGAUGCACUGGCAGGGAAGCUGGACACCCUGACUGAGCUGCUUAGCACUGCCCUGGGGUCGAGGCAGCUUCCAGAACCAAGCCAGGAGGCCACGUAGCUGGACCCACGGAGGAAGAACCAAGCCACUUUCCCCAGGACUGGGGUGGAGGACGUUGUCCCUGCUACUCCUGACCCAGCCCUAUGAAUAAAGCACCUCAAGUGCAAGGACCAAAGGGGUCCCACCUUAGGGGGGGCUCACUCCCUGAUGGCUGCUGGAGGGGACACUGGCUCAAGGAGAAAGGCUGUGGCCACACACAUACACCCAAACCUCUGCCCCAAAUGGGAAAAUGGUCACUACUACCCCAUAUACCCUGGACAAAACAUCCUUACUAUGCUGCUAUGGAUGACCUCCAGCUUUCAGUUAGAAGUGGAGGUGCCUGGGGCUGACACUCCUGGGUCCCAGAGUCCAGGAUCCUGGGGUGCCUUAGUUACCACUGGAUAGCGGAGCUAAAGGAACCAGGCCUGAGGCUGAGAGGUGGCGGGAGGGAGCGCCCCCUGGCGGGAGAGCAAAGAGGACACAGUUUUCCAGAGCUGCAGAGACUAUCUGGUGGGGAGAAGGUGGGGUGGGGGGGAGCACAGCUCACCAGUCUCUGCUCUUAACUUUGUAAUAAAUGUUCAACAAAGCCAGAAGAAGCUGCUGUUUCUUUCUAAACAUAUGUAUACUCCCAACAGGCAGGUCAUCAAGCGGAAGGCCCUUGUUCUGUCCACUUCCCAAUCUACAAAGCAGAGGCCUCCUCUAAGUCCCCUCCCAGCUCUGUAGGCCAAGAUGUCCUCAACAGCCCCCACACCCCCACAGAUCUGAGGCUAAGAGCAAAGGCUUCAAAUCCAGGGUUUGGUUCAGGGUCCAAAGCCUAGCUCUGCCAUCCACUGGCUGUGUGACUUUGGGCAAGUGGCUUCACCUCUCUGAACACUUUACCUCACCUCUAAGAUGGGUUCCCAUGGAACUGCUGUGAAGACGGAAACAGUGUGGCACAGAGGAUCGGGUAUUUUGUAAGAACCAAACACACAAGAGAUAGUUGAUCAUUUUUAUUAUUGCUAUUGAUUUUUAGACAAUGCGUAGCGCUUUCUUCUGCUGCCCUUUCCCCCCGCUACUCAUCUCACCAGAACCUAGAUGACUACUCAGCAAGAACCCCAAACCAUCCCACAUACUCAUUUCAAUAUCUGCUAAGACUUAGACAAGAAAAGGGAAAGGGCUGGGACUUCUGGAGGUCCUACUGUGUGCUCCUUUCUGUAAAUCACCACAACCACUUCCUGCCCUGCUCCACCCCAUUGUAAAGAUACAGAAACUGAGGUUUCAAGAGGAGCCAGGUCUAGAGGCUGGGAAUCUGGCUGCAGGCCCAAUUGACACCCUGCCCGCCCUGCGGCUAAGCCCUCCUUCUGCCCUGUCUGAGAUGAGUCAGAGGCAGAGUGGCCUUGGACCUCCAACCGAGGUUUCACUUCCCACAGCAGCUUCAUUUUACUUGGAGAGGCUGAUUCAUCCUUGCUUCCUUUGGUUUGUGGGGAAGCCCGGGCUGCGAGUCAUCCUUUUCUGCUGAGCUAUCUUUGGAUUUCCCUCCAAAUCCACAGCUAGCCUCAUGCUUCAGCCCUGAGAGCUAAACUGGGGCUUGUACCACCCACUGCCACAGACUGCCCUUCCUCUGGACACCAGCCCACCUGGGAGUAAAGGAGACAGGAACUAGAUGGGAUGUCUGAUGACAUUUCCAACACCCUCCCCCUGCAGGAAGCCCUCCUCACUGUGUUGCCAGACCCCCUACCAAACUCAUUCCUCCUAGUCACACCCCACUGCCAUUGGCACACUCCUUCAGGCCUCAGCUUGGAUGUCCCCUUCUCUAGGAAGCCCUUUCUGAAGAUCUCACAGCCCCAUGAAUCUGUCUCUAUCACAAUAUUUUUUUUUAAGAUUUUAUUUAUUUAUUUGACAGAGAGAGCACAAGCAGGGGGA